UCCUGCCCCACUCCUUCAUCAGCGGCAUCCACGGCCACAUCCUGGUGUACUCGGUGACCUCCCUGCGGAGGUGGUGAAGACCCUCCACGACAAGAUGUACGAGAGCCGGGGGAAGACUCGCAUGCCCGUGGUGCUGGUGGGGAACAAGGCAGACCUGGCUCUGCAGAGCCGGGAAGUGAGGACAGAGGAAGGGAAGAAGUUGGCGGAGUCGUGGGGGGCCUUUUUCCUCGAGUCCUCGGCCAAGGAGAGCCAGGUGACCCAGGGGAUCUUCAUGAAGAUCAUCGAGGAGAUCGACCGGGUGGACAAUUCCUACGGCAGAUCCACCGGCUGCUGCCUGAUGUGACACCCCCAGGAUGGGGCAGGACCCCCUGGAUGGGGCAGGACCCCCCCAGGACCUUCACCCAGACCUUGGCGGUGGCUUCGGGGGGGCCCACACGGUCCCACUGAGAUUUGGGACCCCUCACUUUGCACGGGCUGUGGAGCUCACGGGGGGCUGGGAGCGGGGUGGGGGUCCUGUCCCAGCCAGGAGCCCCCCGGCCCGUCGCUGCUGUCCCCCCCCCCACACAAGGACACGUCGGGGCUGCUCCUGCCCUGGGAGCCAGGGCUGAAUGCGGGUGUUGUUCCCGGCUGUGCCGGACCCGUGGGAGUCAGGGCUGGAAC